ACCUUGGACCUUCACACACUCAAGCAGUCCUAAAGCAGAAGGAAGUGAGGCUUCCGUGUGUGAACAGCUGCUUCCACUGUACAAGAGAUCAAUGUCCUACUUUACACCCACAUUGUGCAAAUUGGGACACUCCUUUAAGACGGAGCAUUUCGAUGGCAUUGGUGGCUACGAAGAAGCAUCGGCGACGACUCAGCUCAAAAGGGCCCAGGGACACUGCAGAGCCAACUAUGAAAUUUGAAUUUAACCCCAGAGAUGGGAUCGAUAACCCAGCCCUGUCACUGGCAGAGGAUUCUGAGCCAGAGGGAGGUGCUCAGGUGCGCUUCUGCUUUCUGAAGAAAGAGGACGGGGAGAGCUUUGGGUUCUGGCUACGGCAGGAGGCGGGCAGCAACGGGCACAUUGUGCGACAGGUGACGCCGGGGGGCCUGGCUCACCGCAGAGGCCUGCAAGAUGGAGACCGGAUCUUAGAGGUGAACGGGGCUUAUGUCGAAGGCCUGGAGCACUUCAGGGUGGUUUGGAAGAUCAAGAGCAGUGGGAAGCAAGUCUCUCUCACUGUCCUGGAUGGGACAGCCUACGAGUUGGCAAAAGCCCUUGACCGGGACCUUGGCCAGCUCUUGCCCCAUCACAACAGGCCACGGCUGUGCUGCAUCAACAAGGACCAAAGUGGCUUCGGCUUCAGCGUCUCAGCUCCAGAAGGUGUGAAGGGCACAUUCCGACUAUCUGUGCCAGAGGAUGGGCCAGCUCACAAGGCAGGGGUGCCAGAUGGUUCAUGGCUCCUAGAGCUCAACGGUGCUUGUGUGGAGAGUUGGACUCUUGCACACCUUCACAAAAAGAUCAAGCACAGCAACAACCCGAUGGGGCUGCUGGUGAUCGACGCCAAAUCAGAGGAGUUUUACCGGCAACGCGGCGUUAAGGUCACUGCCGCCAUGGCUGACGCUUCCUGGGUUCCUUUUGAGGUGAGGAAGCUGCAGAUGGUGAGAGGCCAAGACGGAUAUGGAUUCUUGCUGAAAGAAGAAAAACGUUGCUCAGGAGAAAGAGGUCAGUUUCUGAGGGAGGUCGAAUCCGGGUUGCCAGCUGAGAAGGCAGGGAUGAGAGAUGGUGACCGCCUCCUGGCUGUGAAUGGCGAGGGCACUGAGGACCUGGACCACCAGGAGGUGGUGCUGAGGAUACGUGCGGACAGCAGCCGGGUGUCCAUGUUGGUUAUUGACGCAGAAGGAAGCAAGUUCUACGACUCGGUUGGGUUAUCACCUCUCCUUUUCUAUGAUGACCAUGAGCCCCCAUUGGGCUUGCACAUCGUCCAUGCUUCCCCCUCUCCCAGCAUGCCCCAGGCAAAUAGCAACGCUGGCUUCACACCCUGCCUCUGUCACCUCAGAACGGACCCCCAUGAGAACAGACUGCAUCUGGAGCAGUCUGGCAGCAGCUCACCAGCCUUCGCAAAAGAGGGCCAAGAUGCAUUGAGCCAUGCAUUCUAGAAGCUGCCAGGCCAUUAUCACCGAGCACAACUUCAGCCCAGCUCGGCAGGGAGCUGAACUCCUGUUUGUGGCAGAAGUGAGCACAGUUGCACAAAUGCUAGCACUGCAGUUUGAGCCUCUCUCCCUCAUAGGCCUGGCUUUUCCCUGUCGCACCACUGCCUUGUUGAGCAAUCAGUCUCUCCAACCCCUGAAAAUGCUUCCUGUGGAUUUGGACAAGCGGGCUGCGGUCUCGAAGCAAGGCAUGCUGAUUAGAGGAAGAACCCUGCAAGAAUCAAACAAGAGACUGUGUUUUUUGCCUGCUUUGGGGUGU